AUGUCUACCUCGGUGACCCUGGAUAUCAACAAGGAACUUAGUGUUAGUCAAGGAACGGUAUCUCGGACCGUGGAUAGAGCUGUGAACAGCAUAGUUGCACAGUGGAACGAAUGGAUCAAGUUUCCAACUACCAACCAUGAACUGAUGGAAGUCAAGCGGAUAUGGCAAAGCACGUAUAAAUUUCCGACAACAAUUGGUGUAAUUGAUUGUACACAUAUAGGAAUCCUGAAAGCAAACCACCAUGGAGAUGAGUAUAUCAACCGAAAAGGGAAACCUACUUUAAAUGUGCAAGCCACUUGUGAUUCCAGAGAGAUGUUCACAAGUGUUGAUGUCAGUUGGCCUGGAUCAGUGCAUGAUUCCAGAAUAUGGAGAAAUUCACAGACUAGAUCACAACUAAUAAAUAAAGCAAAUGUUGCACUACUUGGCGAUGACGGUUAUGAUAUGAUUUUACCAAGAACAGAAGCCAAAUGGCAGCAAUGGUACGAAGAAGUUGAAUCAGAUGUAGUGUCUGAGUUAGACAUAAAUGACGCUGCCUCUGAACACAGUUUGCAUGAUACUAAUACGGAGCAAUCCUCGGACUCAGAUGACGAGGAUAUUUGUUUACCUUUAUCUCAUCUGCUUUGA